AUGGCGGCCAGAUCUGAUCAGUGCAUGAGCACCUGUAUCGUUCCUUUCUUCAUGCUAGCGUUCAUUUCGUUGUUUUUCGAUAUACUCAACGUCAUCUCACUUCUUGCGGCGCCAUACCCUGGAGCGGGCAACAUGUUUUCCAGCGAUUGCCCGAAACCAUUGGAAGCGACGUUGCGGAAGAACACCACCAUCUUUUUGAAAGAUGCGGCUGUGAAUGGCACGGCCGAGUACAUCAUUCCAGCAAACACAAAGGUAGACAUCCCACGCAACUUGUGUAGUAAUGCAUGGGUCGUCGCAAAUGUAGCAAUGCUUCUCGGCGUUCUUUUGGAUGCUGCUGCGACUGGCCCUCAGCAAUUCCGCCUAACUACAGCUAGGUUCGUGUCUUUUCAGUAG